AUGCUGCUGCUUCGAAACCUUCGGCCAAGGACUACCGAAGAACGUAAAGCAGCAGAUGCUGCUUGGAUCCAAAAAUCUAGAAAAACAUAUAAACCAAAAAAAAAGAAUAAUAAUUAUAAUGUUGCUUGCUAUUUUCGCGAGACAACUUCUUUUAAACGUCAUAUAUUUACAGAUACAUAUAAAUGUACCUGCUAUCAUGCUAUACUCUUUCCUACUGAAACACAUCAACCGUGUUGCGGAUCAGGAAAAAUCAAGUUAAUGACGGCAGAUAAUGAUAGUGCAAUUUUAAAAGAUUUGUUUAUGAGACGUGAUAAAAUAGGAAAAAAUUUCUGUCAAAAAAUUAGAGCCUAUAAUAGCGCUUUCGCAUUUACAUUCAUGGGCGUCAAAUUAGACAAGAAUCUUGCAAAUGUCGCUGCUAUAUGGAUAGAAGGCAAUAAUCCAGAAGGUCAUACCAAACGCGACAUAAUCAUAGAUUCUCGAUCACAAGGUUUACAGAGAGUAUCAGAAUUAAGCGGGUCAUAUGAUCCAAUGCAAAAACCUUCUCCGUCAUUACUGUUUUAUGGUGGUAGACUUUUCCAACAAUACAUUGUUGACAACUACGACUUACAAGAUUCUUACCAAUUGGGAACACCCAAUAUGUCAGAAAUAGGGCGACACAUUAUUUUGCCUUCAACAUUCAUAGAUGGACCUCGCGACAUGUAUCAGAGAUAUCAAGACGCGAUGGCUUUAGUCCAAACGUAUGGAAAACCUGACUUAUUUAUCACGAUUACAUGUAACCCUUGGUGGAAUGAAAUAAAAUCAAACCUGCUACCAAGACAAACUCCACAAGAUAGACCAGACCUUACAGACAUUUCUAAGUUUUAA